CAUCUUGGAACUUAUACAUUCUCACAUGACUACUUCAGAAACCCGCAUGGGGAAGAUUAUUAUAUAUGAUAAUAUAAAUAUCAGGGCAGGCUUGGAUCUACCAUUUAAUCAAGGGCUGCUUUUGCUGAACCACCAUGUUCAUUACAACACAAGUCAAUGGUUGCCAUGUACAGCGACGGAGGGGAUAGGAACAAACAUUUCGCGGCUGUCUGUUUGUCUUCUUGAGAUGGACUGAGAGCCGGCGAUGGAGGAGUCUGCCACUUAAGGAGAGCCAUUCUGCUCUCCAGAACAGAAACUGGCAACGCGUCAGGAGACAGGAAUACAUGAUGUUCAGACAUGGCACUUUGCUUAGAGAGAAGAUAAUGGCUCAGUGAGUAGUCUAACAACAUGUUGUAAUAAGUCAUUUAAACAAACACAUGCAUUCUGGUUACAUUACCACACACAUUAUUUGAGGUGUAAGGUAAGGAACACAUUGAAUAGCUUCGCUGCAUCACACCAAGGUGCAUUGGAUGCAGUGGGACCUUUUGUACCACAAACACCACAGCCUGUAUGCAAAUACCCUUUAGACCACUCUAAGUUGAUCAUUUAUAGAUUUUCUCGGUGUGAUUUCGAUUUGCAAACCAAGCCAGUAUCUGUCGGUCAAACCUCAUGGAAUCAUGGGCCAAAGGGAAAUCCACUGCGUCCAGGCAAAUAGUCAUCUUAUUCCCUCUGAUCUAUUAACCGCUUCUGCAGAAGGAGAAAGGGAACCUGUCCAAACAAGUUAAUUUAUAGGAUAGAGCGAUCCAUGCCUUUGACAACCGGGGACACCAGAUAUCACAGAGUAAUUGCCUUGACAUAAGUUGUGCUUUUCCGAAGCUCGAUUGACCAGUAGGCUAUUAUAAGUAGGCUGUACCUUCAGAGGACCUGGACGGAGAACAGCACCUGUUGAUAGUCUGGCGUAUACGCACAGCUCCCGGUGGCUGUUCAGGGAUGAUGCUGCUGAUGCUGAAGUGAGGCGGAACAAACAGCAUCUCUACCCAGGGCUUUAGUGUUGUCUGGUUUCAUGAUCACUGAUGGAGUGAACAGACGUGCCUGUGCGCACCGUUCCUGAUGCGAGAACUUGGAAGGUUUUCGUUCAGCGAGAACCGCUCGUCUGUUCGCGUCUAGACCUAAGAGGAUUGGAACACAGACUAGCUUCCUUCUAGAGCGCCGCCGUCGGAGCCUGGCCCAUGGAAGGCACCGGCAGCACCUGGCCUGGAGAGCCCACCCCUUCCUGCGCGGGUUGCAUGGUGGAGGCCAACACCAGCCAGGUGUCGGAGCUCCAGAACGGCUCCUCCACACGCAGCUCCCAGUUCGUUGGGGUGGAGCUGCUGCAGUCCUUCAAGCCUCUCAUCAUCCCCUGCUACGCCCUGGUGGUCCUUGUGGGCGUGUUCGGCAACUACCUGCUCCUCUACGUCAUCUGCCGCACCCGCAAGAUGCACAACGCCACCAACUUCUUCAUCGGAAACCUGGCCUUCUCGGACAUGCUGAUGUGCGCCACCUGCGUGCCCUUCACGCUGGCCUAUGCCUUCAACCCGCGCGGCUGGGUGUUCGGACGCUUCAUGUGCUACCUGGUGUACCUCAUCCAGCCCGUCACCGUAUACGUGUCCGUCUUCACCCUCACGGCCAUCGGGGUGGACAGAUACUACGCCACAGUGCAUCCCCUGAAGAAGCGGCUGUCCAUCAUGGCGUGCACCUACCUGCUCUGCGGCAUGUGGCUGCUGUCCUGCGGGCUGGUGGCGCCGGCCGUGGCCCACACCUACCACGUGGAGUUCAAGCACGAGGGCUUCAUCAUCUGCGAGGAGUUCUGGAUGGGCAAGAAGCGGGAGAGGCUGGCGUACGCCUACAGCACACUCUUCGUCACCUACGUGCUCCCGCUGUCCGCCCUGUGUAUCUCCUACCUCUGCAUCUCCGUCAAGCUGCGCAACUGCGUGGUGCCGGGCCACCGGACUCAGAGCCAGGCCGAGGCCCAGCGGGUGCGCAAGCGCAAGACCUUCCGGCUGGUGAGCCUGGUGGUGGCGGCCUUCGGCUUCUGCUGGAUGCCCAUCAGCGUGUUCAACGUGCUGCGGGACAUCGACAUCGACCUGAUAGACAAGCGCUACUUCCUGCUCAUCCAGCUGCUGUGCCACCUGUGCGCCAUGAGCUCGUCCUGCUGCAACCCCUUCCUGUACGCCUGGCUGCACGACCGCUUCCGCGCCGAGCUCCGCAAGAUGUUCACCUGCCGCCACCGCAUCGGCAUCCCCGCCAACCACUGCGCCACGGCCAGCGUGGUCCUGUGAGGGGGGGCGUGGUCCUGUAAGGGGAGGCAUGUUCCUGGGAGGUGGGAUGUGGUCCUGGGAGGGGGGCGUGGUCAUGGGAAGGGGGUGUGGUCCUGGGAGGAGAGGCGUGGUCCUGGGAGGAGAG